AUGUACUUCAGGGACACCCUAUUAGCUACCUCACCUCCAAUNGUCGAGCAGACAGCCACCACCAGGAAGCAAUGCGUCAGGCUAAUCAGCAGGUUGAGGGGUCAACUAGCUAAGAAAGCUCAGCCACCCAGUACACCACCGAGUCCUCAACACCACGAUCAGCUGAAGAGACUGGACAUCAAGCCUUUUGAUGGCAAUCCUUCACAGAGGAAGGAGUUCAGUGACCACUUCACUUCACUGGUGGGCAGCAAAUCUACAAUUCCCCCAGUGGAGAAAUUGGUGAGGCUGAAGAGCAGCCUCAGAGGACCAGCAGCAGCUCUGAUCUCUACGAUACCCAUCAGCGAUCAGAAUUAUGAGAACGCAUGGAGAAAGCUCCAAAAGAACGAUCAGAAUUAUGAGAACGCAUGGAGAAAGCUCCAAAAGAAGUACGUUGAUCCCAGACCUUUGGCACAGUACUUAUUUAAUCGAGUCCUGGAGUUGCCAAAAAUCAGCAAACCCACGGAACAGAAUCUCACCGACAACGUGGCAGCAGUGGUCGAGUCGCUGGACCAGCUCAGAACAGUGGCCGGCCUUUCAGAAGCGAACCUAACAGAACAGCUGUGCCUGGGCACGCACAAAAAAGACAGGUGCAGCUCAGACGAACAAUGCCACAAGUGCAAAGGAUCUCACCACACUCUGAUCCACGGAGGCAGCAGGUACACAGGAUGGGCUCCUCCACAUCGUGACUCGGAAGCUGCAGGGUUCUCUGGAACUGCCAACAGACCUGCAGAAGAGAGGAUCGACGAGGACCAGACUAAGCCCAGUACAUCAACAGCAGCAGUUAACCUCAACAAUCAGAUGACCAAUGGGAAUCAGCAGUCAAAUCAACCUUCAGAAGAUCAGCAAUCGGUGCUGUUGGCGACAGCCCGAGUUACAGUGAAAUCACCACGAGGAUUCUCCAGCAGAGCCAGAGUCCUCAUCGAUCAGGGAUCAGAGGUGAAAUCAACAACGUUGGAAUUAAUCGGACUUGGAGGAGUUAAUUCCGACAGCACGAGAGGAUUGGUAUCAGUUACACUUCAGGCAAUCAACGGAAAUCAACAGAUUCAGAUCAGCGCCCACAUAUUGGAGAAACUCACCGCAAUUCUACCAUCGUUCUCAUGUGCCUCAGCGAACAUCGGUUCAUUAGAAAAUCUCCAGCUAGCAGAUCAGCAGUAUCUCAAGCCCGGACCAAUCGAUAUCAUCAUAGGGGCUGACAACUACGGGCAAAUCAUCAGAGAUGAAGUUGUCAAGUCCAAGCAGUCAAAAGUCGUCGGCCAACGCACCGUCUUUGGUUGGAUUCUGUCAGGUCCAAUCAACUGCACCGGUUGUUCAGCGAGAAUCUCCCUAUCAGCUGUAAGGACCUCCUCAAACGAACAACUUCUAGAACUUCUCCAGAAAUGUUGGGUCCAGGAAGAGUUACCAAUUCAGCAGUCAGAAAAUUCAGAGUUAUCACCAGACGAGCUGGAGUGUGAGAAAUACUUCAGGUCUACACACAGCAGAGAUUCAACGGGACGGUACAUAGCAUAUGCUCAGCUGUACAAGGAGUUCAUCAACGAGUACGCAACUUUGGGUCAUAUGCAAAGAGCACCAGAGACAGCAGAACCCGUUCCAGUUUAUUAUCUUCCACACCACGGGGUUCUGAGAGCAGAUGCAAUCACCAUAAGGUUGAGAGUCGUCUUCAACGGCUCCAGUCCCACUUCAUCAGGAACGUCACUCAACAACAUUCUACAUCCAGGUGGAAAACUUCAGACCAACGCCAUGGACUUUCUAACAUGGAUGAGAAAGCAUAGGCUCGUGUUUGGCACUGACAUAGUCAAGAUGUUCAGGAAAAUACGAGUUCAUCAGGACAAUUGGGACCUGCAGAGAAUUUUGUGGGUUGACGACAACAAACAGCAAAUCUCCUACCAGCUCACCACCGUCACCUACGGGCUCAAUUGCCCCCCAUGGCUGUCUCUGAGAGUUCUCCAGCAGUUAGCAGAGGACGAGGGUCCACGAUUUCCAACAGCCGUCGAGACAAUCACCAGAGGUCGUUGCGUAGACGACAUCUACGGCGGAGCGGACUCACCACCAGAAAUCAAGGAGAUAGUAUGGCAGUUACAAGGACUUUGUCAGACAGGAGGCUUCACUCUCCAGAAAUGGAGCAGUAAUUGCCCUCAGCUCUUGCAUGAGCUCGGCCGAUCAACAGAGGGAGAAGUCAUUCAGCUUGAAGAGUUCGCCACCAAGGUACUGGGUCUGUGUUGGCAUCAGUCGUCCGACACAUUCCAGUACAAAUCCAGAGACUUCAAAACAGAGACGAUCACCAAGAGAAUUGUCUCUUCAGAGAUAGCUCAGAUCUUUGAUCCUUUGGGAUUUAUCGCUCCAGUCGUCGUCGAGGGGAAAAUUCUCCUUCAGGAUCUCUGGAAACUCAAAUGCAGUUGGGAUGACCUCCUUCCCCAAGAGUACAUUCACCGGUGGGAGUCAUUUCGCCAGGAACUCACCGAACUAGAUAAAGUUGCAGUACCCAGAUGGCUCAGACUCUCACCUCAGACAAACGACAUCCAAUUACAUGGAUUCGCAGAUGCCUCAACAGUAGCUAUGAGUGCUGUGGUCUACAUUCCUACUCAGAAUCUCAACGAGCCAGCCUCCAUAGUUUUGGUCUGCGCUAAGACCAAGGUAGCACCGAUCAAGCGCAUGACUAUUCCACGUCGGGAACUUACUGCAGCUCUCCUGUUAACUCAACUCGUAACAUCAACGCAGCAGAUGCUCCAGCUAGACCAGGUAGAAACUCACCUUUGGUCAGACUCAGCAGUAGCUCUCGCGUGGAUCAGGAGUCCGGCCUCGAGAUGGAAAGACUUCGUCCACAACAGAGUGGUAAAAAUCCAGGAAACUCUCCCGAAUGCCACUUGGAGACACGUCAGUGGGAAGGAGAAUCCAGCCGACUGCGCCUCCAGGGGCAUAACAACAAGUCAGCUAGCAGAUCAUCACCUCUGGUGGACAGGACCUGAUUGGAUAAAUCAGGACCCUGAAGACUGGCCACGAUCAACUAUCGAUGCUCCACCAAUGGACAUCCCAGAAGUGGCCAAAGAAGCUAAACCAGCAAAAUCCCACCCAGUCGUACAGAGAAUCAACGAGAUUGCCGAGCUCCUCAACAGAUACAGCACGAUGGCAAAGCUGUUAGCAGUAACAGCGACCAUCAACAGGGCCAUCGACAGAUUCAGGAGGCAGCCAAUGCCCCCGGGAUCUAUCUUGACGACCAGAGAACUCAACGAUGCGAGAUUAUUUUGGGUAAAAAUAACACAACACCAGUACUUUGUUUCAGAACUCAGGGUACUUCUCAGAAAUCAGCAGCUACCUAGAAAUCACCAAUUCACCACACUCGUCAUCGCAGAAGCUCACCAGAAGACCCUCCACGGAGGGACACAGCUCACCUUGGCCUACACUCGGCAACGCUAUUGGAUACUCGGUGGCAGGGGCACAGUCAGAGCCUAUAUCCUACGCUGUGCUAUCUGCGCCAGACACCGAGCUAGACAGGCUCAGCAACAGAUGGGACAAUUGCCCGCAACCAGAGUCUCACCAGCAAGAGCAUUUCUCCACACGGGGGUGGACUAUGCAGGUCCUUUCGCCAUCCUCAAGUGGAGACCCACGAAUGCUCAACCGGUAUCAGUGCACAUCGCAGUGUUCGUGUGCUUCACCACGUCAGCAAUUCACCUAGAGCUCGUCAACAGGCAAACCACAGAAGCCUUCCUCGGAGCUUACAAGAGAUUCACCGGAAGACGAGGUAUUGCAGCAGUCAUGUACAGUGACAAUGCCACCACCUUCGUCGGAGCAGCAGAUCAACUCGAAAGGCUCUAUCACCAAGCAUCUAAAGAAAAUCAACGUGUUCAGGCUGCUCUCGCCACCAAUGGCACUCAGUGGAGCUUCUCACCACCUAGAGCACCCCAUUUUGGUGGCAAAUGGGAAGCAGCAGUAAAAUCAACGAAGCAUCACCUCAAGAGAGUCCUGGGAACGACAACGCUAACAUUUGAGGAACUCAACACAGUCUUAGUUCAGAUUGAAGCCUGCCUAAACUCCAGGCCAAUCUGUCCGAUGUCAGACGACCCAGAANAAUUUGAGGAACUCAAUACAGUCUUAGUUCAGAUUGAAGCCUGCCUAAACUCCAGGCCAAUCUGUCCGAUGUCAGACGACCCAGAAGAUCUCCAGGUUCUCACCCCAGGACACUUCUUAAUCGGCGAGCCUCUACAGAUAGUACCAGAGUCAUCCUACGUCGACGAGAAUCCCCUCAAGAUGAGGAGAUGGAACCUC